AUGCCUUUAAGUGAGAUAUUACAACUAUCAAUCACUCAAAUAGUAUUAUUGGAAGAUAUCGUUAACAAUUACAAUGAAAAUGGAUUCGAUAAAAUAUUCUUUAUUCUCCCAACAACCCAUUCAAUUGAUAGGGUCAUUAGGUGCAUCUCCCAAUCACCAUAUCAGAAUCACUUAUACCUCCUUGACUCCCUUUCAAAAUCACUUGAAUUUAAAAUAAUCAACAGUGGUGUUAUACCAAAGCUAGUAACUCUCAAGGAAAUCCCUUUGAACUACACUAUAGUUGAAUCACGGGCUUUCUCUACAAAUCAACCCAGUGCAUUUCACAGUUACUACUCACAACCAACCAACUACCCUUCAAGUGAAUUACAAGUGGCCCUAACUGUUAAAUCCCUUGAGAAUAUCCUACUCGCUCUAAACAUCCACCCAAUCAUCUUAUACCAGAAUUCUAUCAACGGUGUUGGCACCUAUGCAACUCCAGUUACCUCAACGGGCAACUACCUCAACUCAAACCCUUCCCCUCCAAUCCCAAAGAAAUCCUCUUGGAAAUCCUCCUUCUCUUCCUCUCAAAAGGGUUCUGGCGUGGCGAGAAGAGUUGCUGUGGCUCUGUCCAAACAACUAACCCAGAUCAAGCGCGACAACCACGACUUUGGUCUGGCUAACUCAGCAACCAACCCUACCCUCCUCAUCACUGAUCGUACUCUAGACCUCGCGCUCCCCCUUCUCCAUAACUUCUCCUACCAAUCCCUCACAAACGAUCUGCUCACACAACGCUCCCUUGACUCUUGUUCUAUUCCACCCAUUUUCUCCUACAAAUCCAGCCAAUCACAAGGUCUCACCAAGCAACACCCCUUAUCCGACUACUCUGACUCUAUCUGGUGUGAUAUCCGUCACCUUCACCUAAAAGAUGCUAUUGACAAAGUGGGUGAGUUAGCCCGUCAGGCAGAAAGAGCAGAUCAGGACCUAAAGAAUGCAAGUGGUUUGGAUGGUCUGAGGGGUAUGUUAGCUGGGUUGACAGAUCACGCCGACAUAAAAGACAAGGCGUACAUCCACACCACUCUCUCCGACCAGCUUAUGGGUGAGGUGAACAAUCGCAACCUCAUGCAAGUCUCAGACGUCGAGCAAUGCUGCGCGACUGGUCUAACCGCCGAUAAUCGCACACCUCGCCAUCUCAUAGAACAGAUGGUACCUCUCCUCGACCACCCCACUCUCCUCAACCGCGACAAAAUUCGCAUCAUUGCUCUCUACAUUCUCUUCAAAGAUGGCGUCAGCGAUGAGGAUAAGAGGAGGCUCUACCAGCAUGCUCGGUUGGCUCCAAAUGACCACAAAGCCAUCGAUAACCUUGUCUAUAUAGGUGUGCGCGUCAACAAAAAUGAUAGCGAGCAGCAAGCAUUCAGGCGAUACAAAUACAAGGGCAAGUCGGACGACGAUGCGUACGAUACGAGCAGAUAUAUCCCCGCACUCAAAACCACCCUCACCGAUCUAAUACACGGCAAGCUCGACACGGGUGUCUUUAGCAGGCUGGAUGGGGUGGAGGAGGGUGGUGGUGCUGAUGCGUCAGGAGACUCUCUUAAACCACCUUCUGGUAAUGGCAGUGGCAGCAGCAACCUCAGUCUACGCUCCUCAAAUUCUCACUCACGGCCUCGCAACGCUCCUCACUCUCAAUCCCACCCCGCUACUAGCUCUUCAUCUCCCUCCUCACUCUCAACCACACCAGCGCCCUCCCAAGGCAGCCUGCGCUCAGCUCGCGCGACCUGGGCAUCUGCCUCGCGUAGUGCGUCCUACGUGAGUGGAGGGGGCGGGAGUGGUAGUGUGGAAGGCAAUACGAAUGCCAACGCCAGCGUGAAUGGAAAUGGUGGAUCAACCCGCGGUCUUACCCCAACACAAAACACACAACAAACCCGCAACAAAAUUCUCGUUUACGUCUGUGGUGGUAUGACAUAUAGCGAGGUGCAGAGUGUUUAUGAGGUUUGUGAAACACACCAGCGGGAUGUAUUGAUAGGAUCUACCGACAUACUAACCCCAACACGCUUCCUCGACAACGUGCGCAAUCUCGACACGGGGUAUGUGUAUGGAGAGGGUGCGUCGUCGUUAGCUACUGCCAAUGACGCGCAGAAGACAUUCGCGGGUACUUCCACCGCCUUAAAUAAACCUGACCGAUAUAUGCACGACCCGCACUCGCAACUCUCGGAUAAAAAUAGACAGGAGACUCCUGAUCUCUCCCCUGAACAGGCACAACAUCGCUACUUGGCUAACCUCCAACAGGGUUACGAUCGCAAGUAUUGGAGUGAUGAAGUUAAGCCUGCACUUCCACCCACCCCAGUCGACGAUAUAAACAAGGAUAAGGCGAGACAGCCUGAGAAGAAAGAUAAAGACAAGAAAUCUGAGAAGAAAGACGACAAGAAACUCAGGAAAGAGCAGAAGGAAAUUGAUAAAGUCAUGGCUAAGCAGCACGAAGCUGAGCGCAAGAAGGAGAAGAAGUGGGGGAUGAAGGGGUGGUUCUGA